AUGUCGAUCGUACCAUCUGUGUUGACUCUGAGAAGUUCGCACCGAUCGCGGAUACUUCUUAGAUUACACUGUUCAACGUACAGAAUUCCCCCGCCAGCCAAAAUGACACGAUGGCUAACAAUGCUCUCGGCGGUGUGGCUUUCGUCCGCAUCAGCGCAGUUAGGUGGAAUUUUUAAAGGUUUCACCAAAGAGUUGGCAUCUGUCAAGGACCCCAUAGACAAAACUAUAGUCUUCAUUGGAUUUAGUCAGUGCAAGCACGUCAAGAGGAUAUUCGGCGUCGAUUAUGAACAGUAUCGUGACGAACCUGACAUGAGCAGAUUGACUUUAGACUUCAUCACCAAGGAAGUAAAGAUCCAGUACAACCUUAAUUCGUUAACCUCGGUGUCAUCAUCGCAGUACUUCAAGCCGAAGGACGGCCUCAUCAUAUACCUUCACGGUUUCACCGAUGACCCAACCAAGGACAGUUAUAAGAACAUCAGUAAUGCUUUCCUACUUCAAGGUACCGGCAAUGUUCUAGCCCUAGAUGCGAGCUCUCUUAUCCGCUUUUUGUAUUUACGCUCAAGUACCAUGGUGAGAUUCAUUGGACAGCGACUUGGUGAAGCUAUCGCCUCGAUGAUUGCAGCUGGUCUUGAUCCCGCAUCCAUUCACCUAGUGGGGCACAGUUUGGGGUCCCACAUAGCAGGCUUCACUGGUAAAACUGUGCUGGCACUGACGGGGUCUCACGUGGGGCGCAUCUCGGGGCUGGACCCCGCCGGGCCCUGCUUCGGUGACGUGGAACAGCCACUGAGACUGAACCAAAACGAUGCCCAAUUUGUAGAUGUUAUCCACUCUAAUGCUGGAGUUUAUGGCAUGAACCAGAAAGUUGGACAUGUGGAUUACUACCCGAAUCGUGGAUCAGAACAGCCUAACUGCCUAUUUCAGACCUGUUCUCACAGCCGGGCGUGGCUCCUAUUCGCAGAGUCAGUGACGAACCCAGAGGGAUUCCCCGCAGUCAGAUGCACCAGCUGGUCAGCCUUCCAAUCCGGCGCUUGCGAUUAUACUGAUAUCAGUUAUAUGGGUUAUGGCAGCAAACCAGCCACAAGAGGCGAUUACUAUCUCCAGACAGCUGGAACACCUAACUACGCUCUGGGUCUCCAAGGAAUCAAUCACACAGACACGGACGGUAUAGUUCGCGAAAUCAGGGAUAUUAUUGGACUUUUUUAA